UAUUUCAUGUCGGUGACAGCUAAAUUACUACUUUUCUAUAUGAUUUUGGAGGAAAAACUUGAUUGUAGAAGGAACAUUGGCUCUGGGGAGACUUUCUGAACGUUCUGUUAAACUGAGCCUGUGACCACUUCUAUGUAGGGCCUGGGCUGGACCAAGAGUUCACAUCUGGUGGCCUUAACUCCCUGCUGGAUCUAGGGUUUUGAGCUGUCAUGAAGGCAGGGGAUGUUGAAAUUGAACCUUUAGUCUGUUGUCUCCCAGUCCCAGCGUGAGGGUCCCAGCAGGAGGUCGAUGUGGGAUAGGUGGAGAUUGAGGCUGGGAACUCCUCCCGUGCCCUCCUCUACACACUCCUCCUGUGAAUCUGGUGAUUAGUGGUAUCAGAGUCUGGGAGAGAGAGGAUUCUGACUGACUAAGCCCAGCUGCUGGUUAGUCUGCGUUUUAUUAGAAGACACAUUCACUGAGGAGCAAAGCAAAGCAGACUUUCACUUCCAAGAAUACAGUGGAAGAAAGUGGUAAUUCAGCUAGGCAACUAGCUGACCAGAAGACUGAGGAAGACUCUGUCCUUGCCCUCAGUCUCUUACAGAAAAUCCUCAAAGCGAUUCCUACCUCCAUGCCCACAGUGAUGCCAAUGAUGAUAGACAUGAAGGAGAAGCUUUAAAACAAAUAUAGUGCAAAGGGACUCAAUGUCAUUAAAAAGUAAACACAGAACCAGCUCUGGGUAGGACUGGGCAGGAAAGCCCUUCUAUCCUGGAGCAGACUCAGAGGACAGAAGGCAUGUGGUGGAGCAGGGAGUUUCAUUCCAGAUGGAAAGGAGGUAGUGGUCAAAAGGAGCACCCUGUUGUCAGGAGGUGGACUGGGUGCCUCUUCAAGACCAGAGUGGGAGGCAGGGUGACCUGUGGAUUGAGAGAUGCGGGUCAUGCAUGCUGGACUGGGGGCUGGCUGUCUCGCCUAUGGCAUAGCUUUGGUGACUGGGCUCAUCUUGGUCAGAUUCAGUGUUCUUCAUAUAUUGUGUAUAUUCUAAAAAAAAUAAUUAGCCCUGACCAUGUUGGGGGAACAGGAGAGCAUGAACCCUUCCUGGUCAUGUUCUGGAGGCUGUCAACAGGAGGGGAGUCAUUUCUCUACCCGGAACUGUUUCCACUUUUUGAGGUCAGUGGUAGUGUUAUCUCUCUUUUGUUCUCUAGAUUUCAGAAGGAACAAGUACUCAAAACUAAAUGUUGGGGAAUUACUCUGGUGCCACUGAAUUUUAUCUCUUAGGCUUCCCUGGCUCUCAAGAAUUACGCCAUGUAUUGCUAGCUACCUUCAUCCUUUUCUACUCAGUGACAGUAAUGGGAGACACAGUCACCACUGUGAUUGUCUGUGUUGAUAAACGUCUGCAGUCCCCCAUGUAUUUCUUCCUCGGGCACCUCUCUGUCCUAGAGAUCCUGAUCAUAUCUGUUGCCGUCCCCUUGAUGCUCUGGGGAUUGCUGCUCCCUGGGAUGCAGGCAAUAUCUUUGAUAGCUUGUGGUGUGCAACUAUAUCGGUACCUUUCUUUGGGUACAUUAGAGUUUGCAUUACUGGGAGCGAUGGCUGUGGACCGUUACGUGGCCGUGUGCAACCCUUUGAGGAACAACGUCAUCAUGAACAGCCGCACCUGCAACAUUGUGGUGACUGUGUCGUGGGUGUUUGGGUUCCUUUUUGAAAUCUGGCCAGUUUAUGCCACAUUUCAGCUUUUCUACUGCAAAUCAAAUAUGGUAAACAAUUUUUUCUGUGGCAGAGGGCAGUUGCUCAAAUUGUCCUGCAAUGAUACUCUUUUCAUAGAGUUUAUCCUCUUCUUAAUGGCUGUUUUCGUUCUUUUUGGUUCUUUGAUCCCUACAAUUGUCUCCUACACCUACAUCAUCUCCACCAUCCUCAAGAUCCCCUCAGCCUCUGGCCGCAGGAAAGCCUUCUCCACAUGUGCCUCCCACUUCACCUGUGUGGUGGUCAGCUAUGGCGGCUACUUGUUCCUCUACGUGAAGCCCAAGCAAGCCCAGGCAGCCAACUACAACGGGGUUGUUUCCCUAAUGGUUUCAGUAGUGGCUCCUUUCCUCAACCCUUUCGUCUUCACCCUCCGAAACGACAAAGUCAUAGAGGCACUUCGAGAUGGAGUGAAGCGCUGCUGUCAUCUGUUCAGGAACUAGUCUUGCCCUAAGGCAUAUCACUUCUUAACAUCUUCUGGAUUCUAGAAUGAUCUGAAAAGUACUUAUCUCUGUGUUGCAUCGUAAUCGUCAUCAAAUAAUCUGUGUGCAACAGAAGCCUUUUAAGUUACGGUAGUUUUCCAGAAAUUGACACAGCAUUGUAAACUGAGUAUACUUCAAUGCAAAAGAAUGCAAAUUUAAAAAAAGUAAAAGAAAGAGAUGAUAAGUAAGA